CUUUCCUGCAGCSGUCUCAUCAGCCGCUCUGCCUAUACUAGUGGAGUGAAGGCGUAUUUAGAGGGAUAACGAGCGCCACUGUCAGCUUAAAGACAAUCUGCCGCCGAUGUAGAGACCCGUCGCUCAGUACCGGACGGACACACGGGCCCCGGAGGACGGGACCUGGGACUGUGUGUGAGGGGUAAAUGGCCACAAUAUCUCCUGAGAGGAGACGCUCCUGCCUGUGAGACUACCUGAACGCCAAAUGCGUCCUGGAAAAUAGGACGUUCACCCAGGAGUAAAUUAGACGCAUCGGAAGUUUCUCUGUACGAUUUUUCGGGAGAUUUAGAUUUUUGCCCGCUGCAGACAUGGACGAGGAUAACCAAGUGCCCGAGGACUUGUCUUUGGAAGAGAGAGAUGAGCUUUCGAACAUACGACGCAGAAAAAAAGAGCUUCUUGAUGAUAUCGAACGGCUGAAAUUUGAAAUCGCUGAAGUAAUGAAUGAGAUUGAACAGCUCACCUGUGUUGGGGAGAGCAAAACCUCACAAAGAAACAAACAGAUUGCCAUGGGAAGGAAGAAAUUCAACAUGGAUCCUAAAAAGGGAAUCCAGUUUCUUUUGGAAAACGAUCUUCUCCAGAACACCCCAGAGGACAUCGCACAGUUCCUCUACAAAGGCGAAGGGCUCAACAAAACCGUCAUUGGGGACUACUUAGGGGAACGGGAUGACUUUAAUAUCAAGGUCCUUCAGGCAUUUGUGGAGCUUCAUGAAUUUGCAGACCUCAACCUUGUUCAAGCCUUAAGGCAGUUUCUGUGGAGCUUCAGACUUCCUGGUGAAGCCCAGAAGAUCGAUCGCAUGAUGGAGGCGUUUGCCUCCAGGUACUGCCAGUGCAAUCCUGGUGUCUUCCAGUCCACAGACACUUGCUACGUCCUCUCAUUUGCCAUUAUUAUGCUGAACACCAGCCUUCACAAUCCCAACGUCCGAGACAAGCCCCCGGUGGAGCGCUUCAUUUCCAUGAACAGAGGGAUCAAUGAGGGAGGAGAUCUCCCCGAGGAGCUACUCAGGAAUCUCUAUGACAGCAUUAAGAGCGAACCCUUUAAGAUCCCAGAGGACGAUGGGAACGACCUGACGCACACGUUCUUCAACCCAGACAGAGAAGGAUGGCUGCUUAAAUUAGGAGGGCGAGUGAAAACCUGGAAGAGAAGGUGGUUCAUCCUGACGGACAACUGCCUCUACUACUUCGAAUACACAACAGACAAAGAGCCUCGUGGGAUCAUCCCACUGGAGAACCUCAGCAUCAGGGAAGUGGAGGAGCCCAGAAAACCUAACUGCUUUGAGUUAUACAACCCCAAUCACAAAGGCCAGGUGAUCAAAGCCUGCAAGACUGAGGCAGACGGACGUGUUGUCGAGGGCAACCAUGUGGUCUACAGGAUAUCAGCGCCUACGCCUGAGGAGAAGGAGGAGUGGAUUAAAUCCAUCAAGGCAAGCAUUAGCAGGGAUCCCUUCUAUGACAUGCUGGCCACCAGGAAGAGGCGCAUCGCCAACAAGAAGUGAAGGGAGACAAUCAAGUCAAGCUCCAAAGUGCUCCAUCUUCCUCUCUCUUGGUUCACGAAGACAUAAAUGGCAUGCCGCUAAGCUGGUUCACUUGGGAAACUGAAGACCCGAAGACAAACCUGGACACUCUAUAAGUGAGGGGAACAUAUAAAUCUCUACUGAACCAGCCGGUUUGUGUCCUCUUCAUCUCAUUUAUUGCCCUUUACUCAUAUCAAAACAUGUUUUAGUUGCCCCCUAAAGCACAACUGCCAUGUUUCAGGUGCACAUGCAUGUAUGUGGCUUAUUAUAAAGAACUAUGUUUGUGUUUUUGUAUGUGUGUGCAGCAGUGUGCAUGUUAAGUUUGUUUGCAUACAGUGUGAAAGUAUUUCCUCCACUGUGCUUUAAAAAAAAAAGUUGUUGAAGCUACAAACCAGAGUUCAGGUGGAUGGCCAUCAACACCGAGGUUAAAAGAAUAAACAGGAGGAGGAAACAGAUGAACGUUUUUAAGAGAUGGAGGCUGAGUCGGUUCAGUCAAACCGCAGCUGGACCGCAGCGUCUUCUCAUUCUGGUGCUGAGCUCGUCUCUCCUGGUGCCCUGCUCAGAGAAACCUCAAAAACGGUGUCAAAGUAUAGACUAUGUUCUUUUCUUUGGGAGCAGAGACUUGAAAUGUGCAUACUUUGUUAUAUUUUGAUUUAGUAACGGUGCUUUUAUACGAGACUUCAAAAUGUAACCCUUUUAGACCUGAGGGCGUAAUUCUUAUUCCCCAAUCAGACUUUUGGACACCAGCUUUUUGUUUUGAAAAUGCAAGCUCUUCAGAUCUCACGUGUCAUGUAAACGGCACCUUUGAAGAUCCAACGCAGCUGCGAUUCAAUGGCCCCAAUAAUGACAUUGCACAUACUGAUGUUACAUUACAUAGCAGGAGUAUGAGAAUGAAACCUUCUGAAGAUCCUGAAGGUUUCUGAAUGAAAGUGAAACUUAGGAGAUUAAUGUCUGUCUGAUCCGUUCAASUAAUUAUAACCGAGAUGGUGACUUCUGGGAGAAGUGAUGUUUCUACUGUUCCUGGUUUUCACACAACAUAAAACAAGAGUCCGUCAAAAUAAGCACAGAUACCUCGGAGGUACAAUAGGACUUGAUGUUCCACAAAAUCUUGCAUAUUUCCUCAAGUUGAUCCCCAGGUUUAAAAAAUGACAKACUACAUCAUUCCAAGAUCUGAAAUAGUGCAUAAGUAGCUUUAAAUGAUUGGUUUCAAAACUGCCACAACCUUCUGUUAUACUGUCCCUGUAGUCUACAAGCUUUAUAAUGAGAUCCUAGAAAGGUAUCACAGAGCUGCCCCUUUAGAAACACCUGUUCUACUUUGGUACUUCUCUCGAUUGCAGCACCUAAAACUUGCCUCAUGCUUUGAAGACAAAUUAUAGUCAACAAUACCUGGCAUUAGCUGGUGCUAAAAUAUAUCAAGAGAUCUGAUUCCUGGGGUAUCUUAAUGAUUACGAUUUCAAAAGCACUUUCAUUUUCAGAAAGACAUUUCGGUCCAAAAGAAGGGUUUGUUUUUCUCUCUGCAGCAGCCCAGUUGGUACCAGUCCAAUUAAGCUCUUUCCAAUUUAUUUUUAUUUCUCUACUGCAUAUGUUGGUGAAGGUUAGUGUAUUGUUGUGAUCCUGUUUGCGUUUGAUCCYUGCUUGCUUUUGUGUUCCUCUUUAAGAUUUUCUACUUAAAAACCAGCUAUCAUUUUUUGUAUUUAUUUUUAUUCGUGAAAUGAUUUUAUUAUUACUUCCUGUAAAUCUUAAAUAACGUAUGCCUAAGUUAUGUAUGUGUAUAUAUAUUGUAUAGGUUUUAAUGUCUUUGUUGUAGUAUGCACACUAACAUUUUUGCAUCUUGCUAAAGUUUGGGAUCUUCUUGGCAAAAGCCUUAAACAAUCAUUUGAUUAAAAAAAAAAGACUGAUGGAAGUAAUGAAGAGAAUCUAGGUCGACUGUGACAAAGCUGUUUAAAAGCCAUGACUAAUGAGAAAAAGAUUGUUAUAUUUAUAAAAAUGGAAAAGAUUAUAGUGAAUAUGAUGUUUCAUGUUAUGGAUCAUGAUUAUAUAGUUGAUAAAGAUGUCAAAAAACACCAAUAGUUUUGUAUGUGAUUGUAAAAUAAAAAUGUAGGCCUUGUGAAAUAAGGGCAUAAUUUUAUCUUCUGCAGCCCUAUGUGGGCAUGUGGUCGCAUUAAUUUUUAUAUUCUCUGUAAGAGCUGUUUGGUCACGUUGUACAUUACGUGUAUCUACAUAAAGUAUACAUAAAGCUUGGGAUAUUCAUUAUUGA